AUGUCAAAGUGUGAAAAAUGCAACAAAAAUAUUACAAAAACUCGGCAUGGAGUGGAGUGUCAGCGUUGUGAGAAGAUGGUGCAUUUGAACACUGAAUGCUCAGGGCUUACUAUCAAAGAAAGAAAUGCGCUUCGUGCAAAUGAUAACCUAGAUUGGUCAUGUUCUGAAUGCAAAAACAUCUCAUCUAGACGAACAUCGAUUGUAAUACCGGAUGAUGAAGACGGUGAUGAAGCAUUUGGAUCGCCUAUAACCUCUGCCUCUGUUCCAUUAGAUGGUAAAAAACUGAUGCUAGAAAUAACAACAAAAGUGGAGAAUCCAAUUCAACGUCAAUUGGGCCAGUUUGCGGAGUCUUUAGAAUUCAAUUCUAGAAAACUUGAUGACAUACUCGAAAUCAUAGACGCGUUUAAAACUACAGUCAAAGAAAUAAAAAAGAAGAACAUCGAAUUAUCUAACCAAAAUAAAAACUUAGAAUUUAGAUUAAGUGCAUUAGAACAGCGAUUACAGGUACAUGAGCAGCAACAGCAUAGUAAAACUAUUGAUAUUUUUAAUAUUCCCUUCACUGACAACGAAGAUAUUUCAAAAGUCGUACAAAAAAUACAACAAACACUAGGCUUAACUGAAAAUAUUGUAGAAGUAAAGCGUUCUGGUUAUAAUAAAAAUAACUCCGUAAAACUACGUGUUUAA